AUGCUUCCCGAUUUCGCCAAACGAAACCCUCAAAUUGAAAUCCGCAUUUCUCCCCGUCCACACAAACACCCCGUCAUCAAGGGACACUAUAUCAAUGGCCGCGAGAAAGCAAUUUGCGUGCGAAAUCUCGAAGUGUAUGAAGUUCUUCAGAAAGCGAAUCUGUUGAAGGAAGCUAGUGGAGAGAAGCUCCGACGGACAAAUAAGCCUGUUCUCAGCACGAACGAGAGUGUCAGGGGCAUCUGGUCUCCAUACCAUGGAGAUAUGAAGCAGAUAUAA